ACGCCACUCAAAGGAAAUACAGGCAAGUUCUGGUUCAUCUUCAUACGUGUUGAUGCUUAUAGUGUGCGGAUAUUUUACCUCAUUCAUUCAGGUCAUCAAGGACUUCUUGGAAAUGCUGAAUUCCACAGAAAAGAACUCCGUGGAGCAAGGUCUCAAGCUCUUUGCAUCGCAACAAACCACUCAAUCUCUGCGUGUUACCUUGAUGUCAACGCUUGAAGUCAUCGAGUUCUUGCUGGAUGAGGGCGCACACUAUGUUUUGACAGCAAAAUUGAACCAGGAUCCCUUGGAGCGCCACUUCGGACUUGUUCGGUCAUUCGGAGGAGAUGAAUCUCACCCUACCGUGGUCAACUUUACUCAGAUCUUCCGCCUUCUCAGUUUGUACACACCUAUAAAGACCGCAAUGCGCGGCAGUGUGCAAGGUGUACCAGGGAAUGUGCUUGCCAGCGUACAGGACACAUUGCGGACAACAAGAGAAGUUCAGCGCACCAAACAUGCUUGCUUGCGGGAAUUUAUAGAGAAAAAACUGCUAAGAAUUGUAUGUGAAACAUCCGGAGAGUCUGGAGAGCAGAUUGACGACCACUCUUACUUCAAAGGAGAAGUGGACGACGCUAUUGUGUACUACAUGAGUGGAUAUGUAGUGUACAAAUUUCAAAAGCAUACAGCAUGCCUUCUGUGCUUAGAAGAUAUAAGCAGUGCAGAGCCCGUAGUUGGCUCUGAUGCAUAUCUGACGACUUAUAGAAGUUUCAAGGAAGGCUGCAUGAAGCAUCCAACAGCUAAAAUGUUAAGUGUAAUGAGAGUUGUGAAUGAUGUUGUUUCUUCAACAUUAGAUGAGGCUGGUGCUUGUGAAACCAUCUUCUGGAAAGUGCUGGAAGAGCUUGAAAAGUGCAGCAUUGCUCGUUUGGGCUGUUCAGAGCAUGUAACAACAUUCACUUGCCAAAUAUUGAACUUUGUCAUUGUGACGAGAAUGCAUUUCUUCUCCAGGGAUUUCAACCACAAGUUAGAAAGCAAGGAAAAGGUGGCUGUAGCGAACAAAAAAGCACGUCUCCUGUAACUCUGGCUCUUGCCCUUGAAAAAAAAAAGUGGCUUUCAGUUUGUCACAGCGUUCAAUAAAUUGUGUUUAAUUUCACUUUUUCUGUUCUCGAUAUCUUUCGCAUUUUAUAGCCUUAAAAAAGGCAAGCUUUUAUUCAAGUAGUUCGGUAUCUAUCUUUGGAAAAAAUAUUCAAAUCGUAGGAAUGAGUGAUCUGGAAAGAACGAGUGGUUCUGGGCUUUACACUUCAUCACCGGCGGCAUCAGAUCGCUGCGUUGUGUGGCUCAUCGUAUCAGAAUAUCUAAGGUUCUACGGGCCAAAACCACGAUAUGAUUGUGAGGCACGUCGUAGUGAAAGGCUUCGGAAAUUUCGUUCAACUGGGGUUGCCCUAAC